UAGAACCAAAACAACAACAUUGGACAAGCUGUUAUCAGUAGUGCGUGUAUUUCUGUGUGUAAAUCUGCUGUUUUUCUAGGAAAAACGUCUCGUUACGCAUCGUAAUUGAUCUGUUUUUGUUGCGUGUAAUGUGCGCCCAGUGAACGCCAACGUCCAGGAUGACCCAAACCGUUGUGGAACUGCACUGGUUCCCCAAGUACUCGGACCGCUUUCUGACGACGGCCGGAUCGGAGAUUAAUCUUUAUCAGGUGAAGAAUCGUGACCUCGUCGACCAUGGGAUCAAUACAAACAUCAACUUGGACAUUUCCAAGAGCACUACUGCCACACUGAUUGCCUUCGAGACGCGUUACCAGUUUAUCCGGUCGGUCGCACCGUCCUACCACGGGUCCGGGGAGAUUCUGUUCGCGGCCGGCUUCCCCAACGGGAAGGUGGCGCUGUGCAACUUUGCCAACGAAAAUAAUGUGGAAUUCACACCUCGCGUGUCUCGGCCCUGCACAUGUCUCGCCUGGAGCGAGCUGGAACCGAGCAUCAUUGCGAUGGGCCACGACCGGAACCGGUCCGACCACUGCAUCACCAUCUGGGACACCGAGCGGGGCGUGCCAAACCAGACGUCUAUUCUUCAGCUGAUUGGCCUGUCGGAAACGGCGCACUCGAUCUGCUGGGAUCGGACCUUCCCGCAGGUUAUGAUUGCCGGGAUGAGCCACAAGUACAUCAAGAUGAUGGAUUUCAGGCAAAACCCCGCCACGGUCACGGUGGCCAACGCGCGCACCGUCAACGGGCUGUGCAUCGCACCGAACGGGCGCUACCUGGCCAGCUACGUGGACAACGUGAUCAACCUGUGGGACCUGCGCUCGCUGGACAAGGCCAUCAGUCAAAUUCAGAUGCAAAAGAACAUCACCCACCUGUCGUGGUGUCCGACUCGGUCGUCGGUCCUCACAACGCUGCAGCGCGACUCGCCGCUGAUCAACCUGAUCGAUCUGCACUGGCCGGGCUCGGAGAUGGACGGCGGGGAACCGCACUCGGUGAAGCGGUUCGUUUCACCGUUUCCGACGAGACACGGCAGUCGGGUGCCUUCGAUGAGUUAUCUCUCGUGGCAUCCGUAUGACUUGGAGCGGAUGUUGGCGUUGUCCGGGACGGGGAUGAUCUGCGAUUAUAGGAUUCCGCAGCGGGUGGCGAUAUCUUGGGAUAACAACAACAAUCUGUACGGGAACAACGGGAACGAGUUGCGACAGUUUACGUCGCCAUCGCCGCCGACGACGCCAUCGGAUUCGUUGAACCAGUGGGAUUGUGGGAUUGACAGCUACGAAGAAGACGUAGCGGAAACGAUCCAGAAGCGGGCAAUCAACAACUACGGACUGACGGCGGAGAUGCAUCGGAAUGGGGAUUUGGCGGGGAAUGCCAACUUGAAGGGAGUCUGGAAACAGCUGGAUCACAUGACCAAGGAGGACUGCAAGCUCGGGUUAAACACAAUCCUCGGAGUUUGCAGCGCUCCCGAUGGUCCGGCCAUGUCCCGAUCGGAUCCUGUUAUGAUGAAGUGGACAGAUUUCGCGAUUGGUAGCGGAUUGGUCGUGUACCGAAGCGAACAUCGUGACACGGCCCAGCUGCUGUGCGGUUGGACGUUCGACCGAACCAAAGAGUCCUCCUUCGCGUCGUUCAUCGACGAACUGUGCACGAACAAAGAGUUCACCCGGGCCGCCCUCAUCACCUGUUUCCACUUCAAAAUCAAACAGGCCAUCGACAUCCUCGGCAGAGGCGCCGAACAAUCCGCCGAUCCAAGCUCACUCCUUCGAGUAGCCGCGAUUGCCCUGUCCGGAUUCAGUGCCGAACGUUCCGGCCUGUGGCGAAAGCAGUGUGGUGCCGCACGAACCCAAAUCGACGAUCCGUACCUGCGGUGCAUGUUCUCCUUCCUGGCGCACGAAAAAGACGGCUUCGAAACGGUCACCAACGAAACGGAAAUCUCCCUCAGCGAUCGAAUGGCGUUCGCGUGCAACUUCCUGUCCGACCUCAAGCUGGCCGAGUACAUCAAGGGAAUGGUCGCGAACUGCAUCGAGACGGGAGAUCUCAACGGCCUCCUACUCACCGGAGCCACCAACGACGGAAUCAAGCUGCUCCAAAGCCAUCUCGAUCGAACGGAGGACGUCCAAACGGUCGCCCUGAUCGCGGCUCGAUUCCUCACCUCCGACCUGCUCACCGACUACCGCGUCCAGUACUGGAUUUGCACCUACCGCGACCUGCUGGACAUUUGGGGUCUGUGGGAGCAACGCGCCCAGCUGGACAUAAACCUCGGUAAAAUCCGCUCACCCCCGCAAAACUCCCGCUCGGUGUUUCUCCUGUGCAACUUUUGCGGCAAGAACGUCUCGAUGACCCUGCAGGAGGAUCAACGACUUCGCAGCAACACCGCAGUGAUGCACAAACUGUCCUCGUGCCCGAACUGCAGGAAGCCGUUGCCGAGGUGUGCGCUUUGUUUGCUGCACAUGGGAACCACCAUGGGAGCGGUCUCGCAAGGACACGCUGGCAUCCAGACCGGUCAGGCCGGCUGGCAGUCGAAGCCGUUCUCGAAGUGGUUCUCGUGGUGUCAGACGUGUCGUCACGGAGGGCAUACGGAGCAUCUGGCUGAGUGGUUCAACGAAAACACCGAGUGUCCGGUGACGUCGUGCAGCUGCAAGUGCUACGCCAAAGAUCUUCCGAUGCCGCAGUUUCCGCGCGAGAAGUACGCCCUGUCCUGAUACCAACUGACCACAUCGUUCUAAGAAGAAGCAGAAAAAGAUUGUCUAGCUCAGUGUUUUGGCAAAGCUGUUAUACAAAUAUCGUUUCCUUUAUCGUGCUGCCAGAUUAAGGUGAAAGUUCUUGUAAUAAGUUUCGUUUUCUCGUAAUGUGAAAUAGUUUUUAAAUGUUUUUUUGCUCAUGUUUUCCCUUAACUUGAUGAACUAUUUUUUUUUCGUUUGUAAGAGAUUGUUUUUUAUGUUCUGCAGAUUUUUGUAAAUAACAUUAAGAACGGUAAACGCAAUUACGUAAAAUAAAAUAUGCCCAGAUUA